GCAAUUGAAGAAGAAGACAAUCAACAAUAUAAAAUUAAGCGUAUAAAUUGUGUUAAUUUUAAAAUGACAAAGAAAAUAUUAAUGAUUUGUCUUGGCAACAUUUGCCGCUCGCCUAUUGCCGAAGUUGUGAUGGUCGAUGUCGUAGCCAAGGCGAAGGUCAACGAUGUCGUUGUGGACAGCGCUGCCAUCGGUUCGUGGCAUGUGGGAAAUCGAGCUGAUCCUCGAGCUUUGAGCACACUGCAGCAGCAUGGACUGAAGAGCACGCAUAUUGUACGUCAAAUAAAGAAGCAGGACUUCGAUGAGUUCGAUUACAUCUUCGGCAUGGAUGAGGAAAACAUGAGCGAGCUGCGGCGACUGGCGCCCAAAGGUUCGAAGGCGGAGUUGCUCAUGUUGGGUGACUUUGGCUUGCCCAAGGAAAAGCGUAUUAUCGAGGAUCCCUAUUAUCAAAGAGGCGCUGAGGGAUUCGAAGUGGCUUAUCAGCAGUGUGUUGUGGCCUGUCAAGCAUUCCUACAGCAGCGACUACAAAAAUAGUUAAACAAUAUAGUUAAGUGUUUGUAGUAAAUUGAUUACAAGAAUUAAAACUGCUAUUAACAUGAG